UACUAUGUUUGAAGAGAAGAUGAAUAGAAAUUGUUGUUUAUGAAGCAAAAAGUUUGAGUUAUUUUAUUUUAGUGGUUUUAAUCACUUUAGUUCAAAAUCAAAAAAUUUAACGCUACACACAUUUUAUAAGCUUUUGAAUACAAAUUUUUAACACCGUUAGAAUUUGUAACUGUCGUUAAACAUAUAUUAUUAUAUUAAUUUUGUAAGAAAGGAAAUGAGGUGCCACGUCAUAAAUAGAUAUCCAGAAGAUCCCGGACGGAUGGAUAUUAGCUCGCGUGAAAGCAUUUGAAGGUUCAGAAAUGGCGACCCUUUCCUUACCUCUUCCGCAUAAGCUUUCUUCUUCCGGACUUUCCUCCGCCGUCCAACGCCGCCGUCUCUCCGUUCCUUUUCACAUUCAUCCGUCCAUCCGCCUCACCUGUUCCGCUAAUACAAAUAAUUCUGUCUCCACUUCUAAAGAAAACACAUGUCAGUUCAAGGAACUAAGGAAUGUGGCGUGUGGCGUUCUUGCUGCCUUAGCUCUGACUAUCACUUCACCAGUAAUUGCUGCUAAUCAGAGAUUGCCUCCUUUGUCUACAGACCCCGACCGAUGUGCACGUGCAUUUGUUGGAAACACAAUAGGUCAAGCUAAUGGUGUAUAUGAUAAAGCAAUCGAUCUCCGUUUUUGUGAUUACACGAAUGACAAAACAAACCUUAAAGGGAAGUCUUUAGCAGCAGCACUUAUGUCUGGUGCCAAAUUUGAUGGUGCUGAUAUGUCUGAGGUUAUUAUGUCCAAAGCGUAUGCUGUUGGAGCUAGCUUUAUAGGUACUGACUUUACAAAUGCGGUUCUUGAUCGAGUCAACUUCGGAAAGGCUAACCUUCAAGGAGCUUCGUUUAAAAACACUGUGCUAUCGGGUUCCACAUUUGAAGAUGCUCAGCUGCAAGACGUAGUGUUCGAGGACACGAUUAUCGGGUAUAUCGACCUUCAAAAAUUGUGUGUAAAUAAAACUAUCAGUGACGAUUCAAGAGCUGAACUCGGGUGUCGAAAUUAGAAGAUUUAUGGCAUUAUAUAAUCCUUGGUGUAUUUGUUAAAUAAGUUGGGGGUGAAUUUUUGUUGUAUAUUGUUGGAGAUAGACAUACAUGUGGAACUCCUUGGUUAAAAAAAUGGAGAGCAGUUUUUUUAUUAAUUAUGAAAGAAAUAUAAAAAUUGUUUUCAUUA